CGGCGUUGAUAAUCCAUGAUUUUCAAGCAAUCUUCUUGAUUCAAAUGAAUUCUUCACGUUCGACACGAAUAAAAUGUCCUCCAUUGAACGUGUCUAUAUCGGUACCACGCUAAAUCAGCCACGAAAUCAACCAUACCUAAAGCUCCUGUAUAAAAUCCCUCAUAGACUCGAAUCGGAAUCAGUACAAUCUCGUCAACAAACAUGCUAACAUUCCUCGUGUCAUCAGCAGUGCUUGUUCUCCUCAGAAAAGCUGAGGCGGGCUACUACCCGAUGGGAGCAGGCAUGGGAGCCAACAUGAUCGAUGGGAGCAUGGGAGGCGUCGGUUUAGGAAUGGGCGCAGGGAGCAUGGGUAUGAUGGGAGGCGGGAAAAUGGGAGGGAUGGGCAUGAUGGGAGGUGGAGGGGUAGGAAUGGGAGGUAUGGGAAUGGGAGAGAUGGGCAUGAUGGGAGCUGGUGGGAUGUCUGCAGGAAUUGGCGGAGGUGCCAAUAUGAUAGGUGGAGGUGCCAAUAUGAUCGGCACAGGUUCUGGUAUGAUGGGCGGCGGUGCCAAUAUGAUGGGCGGCGGUGCCAAUAUGAUGGGCGGCGGUGCCAAUAUGAUGGGCGUAGGUUCUGGUAUGAUGAGCGCAGGUUCCGGUAUGAUGGGCGGUAGUGUUAAUAUGAUGGGCGCAGGUUCCGGUAUGAUGGGCAGCGGCGCUGGUAUGAUGGGCGCAGGUUCUGGAAUGAUGGGCGCAGGUGCUGGUAUGAUGGGCGGUGGUGCCAUGAUGGGCGCUGGUAUGCACGGCUAUGGGGGUAGUGAGAUGGACCAAUCUGCAUACAAUGGUGGCAACAAGAAAAUCAAUGACCACAGGUACGAACAAGAACAUGGUAAACACGGUGGCCAAUUCGAUCAAGGUCAGUCGGGGUACAAUAAAGGCGAAUUGGCUGCCAAGGAUAUAAAGGGUGACUCAGGGUACUACAAUGGGGCGAAUGGUGGCAAGAAUAUCUACGAGGAUGGCAAGAUGUACAACGGUGCACAACAAUUCAACAAAGAAGGUUUGAAUGAAGGCCAGAUGACGGCCGCCAAAGGCCACAAAAAAGGCCACAAAAUCAAGAGCUUCAAGAAAUCCCACCAGAAGCAAGAAUCCGGCAACAACGAAGAAUACUAUGACGAGGCCAACGAUGAAGGCGGAAACUACAUGUUCAACGGACAGUCCGGAAAAUUCGGAGAAAAUGCCGCUUCCGCUUUCAAGGGCGGUAAACAAGAUGGCGCUUUCGACUCUUCAGAAGCCAAGAAGGAGGGGCAUUUCGAGAAGAAAUUCCUGACGGACAAAGAGGGGGGCAACUUGGGCAGAUAUGGCGAGACCAAGUUCGGGGGAAGUGGGGCAACUUACGGGAUGGAUAACGGGGCGGGGGUAAAUAGCAUGGCGGGGCAUCACAGUUCCAGCAAGUUCUUCAAGCAACAUCCCUUCUACAAAUCUUAUUAUUGAAUAGAGUAGAAUAAGUGAGCGAAUGAAUAUAUGCAUUGAUUUUAUUGUUUUGUAAUUUUGGGGAACUAGGAAAUACAAGAAUAAUAAUAAUAA